AUGAAGAAAUCAAAGACCUCGCCGAGCGCCAACGAUGUCCCUGAGGCCUUUCAGUAUGGCGAAACGGAGACACACGUUGAGGAUGCUGUCUUCGGUGAAGUUUCCGAGAGUGGUCCUAACUACAGAAAUCUUGGAUGGAUUGCAACUGUGGCUCUUAUGGCGAAGACACAGAUUGGUCUUGGGGUACUUUCCAUUCCUAAAACGUUCCACUCACUGGGACUGGUCCCAGGAGUUCUGUGUCUGGUCGCCGUCUCUGUCAUCACCACCUGGUCAGAUUAUAUGAUUGGGACCUUCAAACACAACCAUCCAGAGGUCUAUGGUAUCGAUGAUGCCGGUUAUAAGAUGUUCGGUGUCAUCGGACGUGAGGUGCUUGCUAUUGUCUUCAUGCUCUAUUGGAUCUUCGUUUCAGGUUCUGCUCUCCUGGGAAUCUCGAUUGGUCUUAAUUCGGUAUCAACUCAUGCCGCGUGCACGGCAGUCUUUGUCGCAGUCGCCGCUGUACUCGGUUUUGGAUUCUCGAGUAUCCGAACCCUCGGACGUAUUGGCUGGCUUGCCUGGGUUGGUUUAGUUUGCAUCAUGACAUCUAUCUUCUGCGUUACUGUCGCAGUUGGCGUACAAGACCGCCCAGCCGCUGCCCCUACCGAAGGACAUUGGGAAUCCGAUUGGCAACUUACCAACAACCCAACAUUCGUCGAUGGUAUAUCAGCCGUUUCUGCACAUAUCUUUGCGUUCUCAGGAACACCUGCUUUCUUCUCUAUUGCGGCUGAGAUGCGGGAACCCAAAUAUUAUGCGCGGUCCCUCCUGACGUGCCAGACUAUUGUCACCGUCACAUACAUCACCAUUGGCGUUGUGGUGUACUACUAUUGCGGCUCAUCUGUUGCCUCACCAGCCUUAGGGUCAGCUGGUGUAGUCAUGAAGAAAGUGUGCUAUGGGUUUGCUCUCCCGGGAUUGAUUGUCACUGCUAUGCUUAUGACGCACAUUCCCGCCAAGUAUCUGUUUAUUAGGCUCCUGCGUGGCACGCCGCACCUCAACUCCAGCAAUAUGGUUCACUGGGGAACUUGGCUAGCUUGCACGGGCGGCGUGACUAUCGUCGCAUAUAUUAUCGCGAGUGCUAUUCCAAUCUUCAGCAGCCUCGUGUCUCUCAUCGGAGCUCUGCUUGGUACUUUGAUGUGCUUCCAACCUUACGGCUGUAUGUGGCUUUAUGACAACUGGACAUCGGGUAAGAAGGAUAAGUCGCUGAAAUGGUGCCUUAUGGUUGCGUGGUGUAUCUUUGUGAUUGUUUCUGGCACCUUCAUGAUGGUCGCUGGCACAUAUGGCUCUGUUGUGACUAUCAUGCAGUCGUUCCAAUCAUCUGGAGGUACAGGUGCCUGGUCCUGCGCUGACAACUCUAACUCUACAUGA